AUUAAUAUUGCCGUCUGUCAGACUGUCACCUCAACAACUACAAAAUCAACACGCUAGCCGGCUUGAGCACCUUUGCUGUUGUUUGUUUUUCUCUCGUUUCAAGAGGCUUGUCCCUAGUACACCAUUAUGUGAGAAAACUGAGAAGUGGGAAAGGAAGAUUGGAGCUACUGGAAAUUGUUGGGAUGGGCGGUAUGGAAAGAAAGAUCUCCAACCUAUAUUUGUUGGAUAUUCUUUCCGAUGCCACCCAUUCCCAUGAUUUCCAGUUGUUGUUCCCUUUCCCUUCUAGUUCUACUUCAGAUCUGGGUUGUUGCCUACUCCGCCGCUUGUGAUGUAAAUACAGAAAUAGUUGUUGCCUUUUCUCGGGAACUUGGUUGCAUUUGUGGUUUUGAUGUUUGGCUUGAUUCCACUAUGAUAUGUAGGAAUUAGAAACUCAAAUAAAAUCCUCUAAGCUGAAAGUAGAUGGGUGAGUGGGUAAUGAAAAAUGACUCAAUCAGUCGUAUGAGGAUGGUUGGAUAUUGAGUCUUUUAAGAGUAUUCUUUCUGGUUCUCUCAAAGUUUUGGAAUGUGGUUUGACUUUUAAAGAUGUCCUGAAUCUAACAUGGGUUGAGGACUGUUGAAGAAAUUUUUUAUGAAAAGGAAGGGACUUGGAGGAGAAGGGAGACACACGGGAGUUCCCUCUCUGUUGAGGUGAAAACUCAUUUUUUUCAUUCAUUUUCUGCCAUUAUAUAGCAGAAACUUCAUAGUACAUAAAGGUAAUUUUCUCACCCAAUACUUAUCUAAUACAUUUAAUGCAAGAUUACAUUAAAAGACUUGCUGCCACUUGUGCAGCUUCAUUUCCUUUCAUUUGCUGCCACUUGUGCAGCUUCAUGUGGCUGUACUUGCUGCUACUUUGCAGCCUCAUUUGCAUUUCAUCUGCAUUUCAUUACAGCCUCAUUUCAUCAACAUUUUCAGCAUAGCUUGCUGCACUCUGCUGCUACCGUGCUUUGGUGCAGCCUUCCUUCUUCAUUUGCUGCCACCUGUGCAGCUUUCUUUCCAUUUGCUGCCUCUUGUGCAGCUUUGACACCACAGCUCCAACAAGGACAUUAAGGAUGCAUGUCUAUCCAUCACCAUGCCUAAUCGUAUUCUUUAGCAGGAUUAGAGUUACCUCAUUUAACUGUUGUCAGGUAAAACGUGAUUUAUAAUUUCCAAAUUUUGGUGACUUUACUGGGGAAUCAGUCUACCACUGGUAAGGUUUCUGACCAAGAUUGGGAUCCUGGAUCUGGACUGUCUGUAACCAUUCCUCUAUUUUGGGUUUUACUUUGCAAAUUCUGUCAUACAGAGCUGCACUUCAAAUUGGAAGUGGCAUUUUCCAAGAUGGUAAUUUCCUCAGCUGCAACUUAAGUAUGGAAAUUGGAAAUAACAAUGUUAUGGAAAC